AUGAACUAUACUCUUGCGGGUACGCAUCAUCCACUAGAUCAAGUUGACGACAACAAGAUAAUACGAUGGUCGGGUGACGGAGACUAUCUCGGAAACAUGGUCACCACGCUCUUCAACAAUCCAACUCAAACCAACAAGAAACCAACAGAAAAUGAUCCUGCCAGUCAACUAUAUUUGACUGAAUUCCAAUGGCUGUCACCGAGUAAUAGUGCUCCUUCAAAGGGAGGUCAACCAAACACGAAUCUGGAUGUGCUGGUUGCUGGUGGAACGGAUGGACGAUUCUACUUGUGUUCUAAAGGUGGAAGGGUUGAAAAGGCUGUAGAGGCACAUAAAGGUGCUCUUCUCGCAUUGAGGUGGAAUUAUGAAGGGAGUGCUCUUGUCACUGCUGGAGAAGACGGACAAGUCAAGAUUUGGUCGAGAAGUGGCAUGCUGAGAUCGUCUCUCGCUCAAGCCGCACACUCUGUAUAUUCAGUCGCAUGGUCGCCGGACAAUGACCAAGUACUAUAUACAAACGGGAAGAGCCUGGUCAUAAAACCUCUGCAACCGGCCAGCAAACCCAUACAGUGGAAGGCACACGACGCUCCAAUCCUGAAGGUCGAUUGGAAUCUGGCCAAUAAUUUAAUCAUAUCAGCGUCAGAAGAUAAAAAGUAUCGUAUAUGGGAUUCUUUUGGACGACAACUGUAUUCAUCGGCACCUCACGACCAUGCUAUUACUUCCUUGGCAUGGAGUCCCAAUGGAGAAGCUUUUGCUGUGGGAAGUUAUGAUCUGAUAAGAGUUUGCGAUCGUGCCGGUUGGUCGUAUGCAAUGGAACAACCAAAUUGUGGAUCUGUUUAUUCUAUCGCUUGGACAACCGAUGGAACACAGUUCGCGUGUGCUGGUGGUCAGGGAGCUGUUGUGCGAUACGAAUGGCAACAUUAUGAAGUCACACAGCUCGACAAGAAGAUACGUGUUCACGAUGUGCUGAAUGGAUUUGAUGAAGUGCUUGACUUCAGAGAUCGGGUGGUGAAGCUUUCGCUAGGAUUUGGUCAUCUAGUAGCAGCGACACCAACACAGUGCUACAUAUACUCUGACAAGAACUGGAACACACCUGCGGUGUUUGACUUGGCUUCGCAAGGCCGUGUGGUCUGUAUCGUGCAGAGUCUCGACUUGUUCUCCAUUGUGGAUAACUCAAAUGGCAUUCAGAUCUAUUCGUAUGAUGGACGACUCGUUUCGUCUCCAAGAUAUCCUGGAUUACGUCCGGAAUUCCUCACUCCGAGUACAAUGUCGUUGGUUGCUGAUGUAUUUGCCAUUAAGGAUCGAGCUGAUGAGAAGGCCAUCUACGUGUUCGACACAACAACAGGCAAACUCCUCACACCAACCCCACUACGGCACUCAGCAGACAUUUUAGAAAUCUCAAUAUCAAACACAACACCGUCAUCUACAUCAUCGUAUGGUCGCCUCCUAGCCAUUCUCGAUAAGAAUCACGAUUUGUAUAUCAUGCCAAUCACGAUAGGGAGCUCAUUGCAUUUACCUAAGAAAUUGGGUACCAUGGUUGAAACGUUUUGUUGGAACGAGGACUCUGAUGUUUUGGCGGCCAUGGUUGAUGGGAGGUUUAUAGUGUGGUAUCAUCCUGCCAGUGUGUUUAUCGAUGAGGAUCUAGUGUCGAUUGCGAGGUUGGAUCAAGAUGGAAGCAACUUUGGAAAACAGGCUCAGAUUAUUGGUUUAUAUGGCAAUCAAUGCACGAUACGGCGUGCUGAUGGCGCUGUUGUGACUGUCAGUGAUAUCUCACCAUUUCCUGCGCUACUUCAUGAGCAAGGCAGAAAGAGGAAGUGGGAGGAAGCUGUGCGAUUGUGUCGUUAUUCAAAGUCAAAAGAGCUAUGGGCGUGUUUGGCAGCUGUAGCUAUCGCAUCUGGAGAACUGAAUACUGCCGAAGUUGGAUAUGCUGCCAUUGACGAGAUUCAAAAAGUUCAAUACAUAUCCUAUAUUCGGGAUAUUCCAACGCCAGAAGGCCGUGCUGCUGAACUAGCACUAUUGGCACGAUGCCCACAACAGGCUGAAUCGAUACUGUUAUCUGCUGGACUGGUGUUUAGAGCUAUUCAGAUGUGGAUUUCGCUGUUUCAUUGGGAUAAAGCACUGGAUCUAGCGCUGAAAUCACGCAACCAUGUUGAUGUUGUGUUGUGGUAUCGAGCCAAAUGGCUCAAAUCUAUUGGAAUGAGUGAAGGGAAUGCUAAAUUUGAAAAGUUAAAUCAUGAGGUUGAGCUAGAUUGGGAAACCAUUAACUCCAAGAUGGAAAUGGAGUAUGAGAUGGAGAGGAAGCGACCUGGUGCUAGACCAUAUGCUUCUAGUAGCUAG